CAAAACAAAAAAACCAUCAAGCCCUAAAGGCACACAAUGAUGUCACCAUUCCCAUUGAUCUCCUUUCUCAUCACUCUCAUGUUGGCUGCAGCUGCAUGCACCCACGGAGAACAUAUUCUCGUGAAGGACACCGAGGGAAUUCCACUUCGAACGACUGAACAAUACUUGAUCCUACCACUCAACCCGAAGAGUAACGGAGGUGGUCUUCUUCCAGUCCCCGUUAAACUACUUCCCCUUUGUCCACUUGGCAUCAGCCAAUCUUCGGUUAGGGCUUUACCAGGCAUACAGGUUAGCUUCUCAUAUCCAUACGCGCUCAUGGACACAUAUGUUAGCGAAAAGGAAGAUAUAAACAUCGAGUUUAAGUCACACGCAUGGCCGGGCUGCGAGGAAUUUUCCAAGUACUGGGAAGUCGAUGAAUCCUCAUCGGCUUUAGAGGAGCCUGCGAUUCUCACCGGUGGUAAGAAGCGGGAAGGAAACAGCUGGUUUAGAAUUGAGAGACAGGAAGAUUUUGUUGGAGGAGUUGCUUACAAGUUGACCACCUUAACCGGAACCAUUGGAACCGUCCCAGGGCCUUGGGAAAAUGCACCACAACUUGUUCUCACCAAUGAUACUUCCAAGACCUUCCUCGUCAAAUUCCACAGGGUUCAUGGUGAUACUACAGCUGCUACUUCUACUUCACGUCUUGAGAAGUUAGGUCUAAGGAUGUUCCCAUCUAACUAGUCAAUAAGCCAAAAUAUCAUGUGUAAUGUAAAACUGGCCUAAAAUAAUGGGUUGAGAUAAUACCCGAUCAUGC